CAUUGAUCCAAAAUAUAUUCAAGAUGCUUGGAAAAGUUUUUCACAAGGAGACAUGUCAUUUACCAAGAAACAAGAUGGUAGAGGGCUCGGACUCUCGAUUUGUAAAAAUCUUGUAGAAAUUAACGGAGGAGAAAUUAAUGUAGAAAGUGAAUUAGAAAAAGGAAGUAAAUUUUGGUUUACAUGGAAUAUUGAAUUAUUAUCAAUGACUCAAUCGUUAUUAGAAACACAAUUUGAUGAGCAAAUAAGUUAUGCUACUAGAAAAAAACGAAUAUUAAUAAUUCACCCAGUUGAAGAUGUGUGA